CGGGUAGGCUGGAGGCGUCCUCGUUACCAUGGCGCCCAUCGGGUUUGGUGAUUGGUGGAGCCAGCUGGGCCGCGGGGACAGCUGGGAACAGACCAGACGCUGUGGCUUUCAAAACGGCGGCCUCAGAUCUCUGUCGCCACCAUGCCCCUUUCCGUGCCCCCGAAGAGCAGGCGGGGAGCACCUUGUUCUGUUCGAUCCUCCCCUGCUAGCUCCGAAGAUGAGGGGGCCGGGAAGUCUUCCACUUCCUCCCUGCUGUCACCGAGUUUCCAUCAAAGUUUCCCAAGAUUAUACCGCAAGGAGCAGGAGGAAAGUACAACAUCAGCUAGCAGGGGAAUGAGCAUCUCUCAAAGGAGUAUACACCAUAGUGCUGAACACAUUAGAAAUAAAAAGCAACAAAAUCAGUCACCUGUGGCAGAUAAUCUCUCUCCCUGGGAAGAGUGGUUCCUUUGCAAAGAAAAAGAGCUACGUGCUCGCUUACAAGCACAAGUUUUGGAGGAACUGAAUGUGCAAAUGGAGAAAAAAAAGGAAAAACAGGAACGUGAAAGGAAAAAAAUGAUGGCUGAAGUAAAACACAAGGAGUGGGUCCAGAAAAAAAAUGAAGAGGUGAAAAGGGAAAGAAAAGCAAGGGAACACAAGCUUAGUAAAGAGAUGGCAGAAAAAGCAGCCAAGGAAUUUGAAAAAGUAAAGUCAAAGGAAAAAGCAAAAGAGAUGUAUGAAGAAUGGCUAAAGAAAAAGAGAUCAGAAGAAGUGAUGAAGAAGAAGGAAGAGAAGGAAAAAGAAAGACAACUGCAAGCUGAAUUACAGGACAAAAAAGAAAAAUCGGAGAAGAUGUUCAAAGAAUGGCUUGAAACUACCAGAGACAAACCCCGCCCAGCAUCAGCUAGCUAUGCCUAUGCCAAUGGGAAACUUUCCGGAUAUCCAGAUGGAAAUGCAUAUCCAGCUCCAACCUUUUUCAAUCCUGUCCCUUGGAAACCAAUCGUUGUGUCUCCUUCUAAGGAAGAGAAGUAUGUUUCAGUGAAGAAAAAUAAGAGGCCUGUGUCAAGUCAUGCAUAUAAAUCACCUCCAGUGCUUUUUCAUAAAUCCAAGAAUAAACUUUAUAUUGUACCAUGCAUAAAUCAGAGAUAGCACAGUGUUAGGUCUUUUACUAUAAUUAAACACAAUAUUAUAAUUUAAAAUGUAUUUUAAGGCCAAAUUUGUAAGCAUAAUUAUUGUCUUAAUGUUAAAUAAGUAUGGUUUUUUAUUUUUCUGUUGUUGAAUCAGAGACAAAAAUAACUGAUAUUAAUAUUUAAAUGUUAUUUUAUAUGUAUUGCAUUGUGAUCCAUGUCUUAAUAAAAUGAUUCUCCAGUGGUCUGUA